GUCACCACCUGUACGUCGACAACCGAGCCGAGUUCGAGCGCCAGGUGCUCACCUUCUUUGCCAGGUAGUCUUGUAGAACCCACACGGACCAUGGGGGAUUGCUAUAUGGUAAUAGAUAAGAUAAGGUAUAGAAAUGUUAUAGACAAUCCGCCUGCCAGGGAAGCGAAGUGGCGCACGCCGUCCGAAUACGGUAACCGGGCCGAAGCGGCUAGCGCUCAACGGUUGGGGCGGUCCGGUGUCCAACGGCUGGUGAAGAGAAGUAUGGGGUGUCCGGGGAGGAAGGCUGGUGGGCUCGGAGUAGGGGUCGGAGGGGCUGGAGAGUCUAAGAGAGGGCACAGAGACAGCAAAAAGACUGCACAGAGACAGCAGAGCAUGGCAGUGGGAAGCACAGUGAGGAGUCGUAUCCGGUUUGUUGGGAGUAAGACGAAACGAUCAAUUGUCAGCUGCAACGAAUGCAGACGACGCAAGAAACGGUGUGAUGAAGAGAGGCCGCAGUGUGGGGCCUGCACGAAGCGGCGGGUGGAUUGUGUGUACCAGCGGGACCGGUUGGAGGAGGAGGUGGAUGGGGGCAGUACGGUGGCGACGAGUGGGGAUGGACAAGCGGGGAAGAGGGAGAAGGAGAGCGGCGGGCAGCUGCUGGCAGUCGCCAACGCCGGUGGUGGAAGUACGGUGCUGUCGCCGGGGUGGUACAAAUACAUGGUGUUCUCCCCGGACGGAGACACGGAUUUCCCGCCGUUGGAGUCUGUGAGCGGAAGCUUCGACGCAGGUGUCGACGUGCACCUCAACCUUGGUCUCAACCCGGGCCUGUCGCAGGAUAUCGGCGGCCUCGGCGGUCUUGGCAUGAAGUUGGAGAUGGACCUGGACUUUGUGGCGAGGAGCAUCAUCGACACGUUCAGUACUGCGAGGUUUGCGGCGAUCCGGAUGGACGAGGGUGUCUCCGCUAAAGCUGCAGACAAGUUUCUCAAGAGCUGCGCUCUCUUGCUGCCGCUAGCGUAUCGCAGCCGGCCGGUCCGGAUGGUGCUGUGUGCCUGGAUCCUGUCGAUGAAAGGCGACACACGCACAAGCCAGUUUCUCGACGAGGCGCUGGGCAUCUGCGACCGGCUGGAGCUCAAGAUCGACUACAGCAACGACUGGCACGAGGACGAUCUGAUCGACUACAUCGUCAGCUUGACCUGCCUCACAAUCAUCUCCACAAUCAACGGCGACACGGAGCUGUGGAAGAUCAGCUUUGAGCGCUUGUACACCGGCUUGCGCAAGGUCGGGCUUGACAUGCUUCUGCUUAUGAUCAAGCGGCAGGAGAAUAGACACGUCCUUCUGUGGGUGAUCAACUGGUUCUUCUACCAGGACGUGUUCAAGAUGAUCAAGGUGACGUCGAACCGGCUUCUUGGGCCGCUGUUCUCCAAAAAGGAGUACCUGAAGUUCAUCACAGGUGGGACGCCGCCGCCGGGGGUGGCGCUGGUCGAGGAACUGGCUUUGAGCCCGUCUUCGACCCCACCAGAGGGAGAUGGCUCCUCGAACUCGAGCGUUUCCACAAACUCUGAGAAAGACUUCCAUUUGAAAAAGUUCUUUGACACCUCGAUCUCGUGCUGCAUGAACCUCUAUGUUGUCUUGGGCGAGAUCAAUGCCUUGUACGAUCAGUUUGCAAUCAAAAUCCAAUACCCGAUCUUCAUCUACUACAAAAAUGUGGAGCCUGCGAUGAGGAACAUGACCGAGGAGGAGCAGCUUGAGUUUGUCCACACUGACGUCUAUCUCGAGUACGAAGAAAUCCGAUACGGGUUCCACAGCUGGGUGCAGAAGAAGACGGACUUUUUGCAGAAGAGGGUGCAGGAGUGCACAAUGGUGAGCGAAGGUUACGGUCCCAUCGAGGAGGAGACGGUGGCUUAUUUUGAGGUCAUGAAGCUCUCUGUGUUACUCUACUUGAAGUUCAAGUUGAAGGAGCUUUCAGCAACGAACUACGAGAUCAAGCAGAUUGUGUUGGGCAUCUUUGAGAAGAUGAGGUUUUUGCUAAGGCACACGAACGGGCGAUUCAACAGCGGACAGUUGCUGUUCCCAUUUCUCAUCAUCGGCGCAAAUGUAUGCGAGAUGCGGGACCGGAUCAUGGUCAAGAGCUUCUACCUGAGUAUGGUGAACAGUGUUGGGUCGAACAAGCGGAACUUGGAGCAAAUCUGGACGAUUGUGCAGGAGUUCUGGCGCCUCAACCCGGACGGUGUGAGUUUCAAAAUGUGGCAGAACAUUCUCAACAAGUACGACUGGAACGUGUGUGUAAUAUGAAACGGGAAAAUUAGAACAUAAUAAAGAAGCACAAUUAAACAGG